ACUCCCUCCACCACCACACACGACUACCUAUACCUCCACAUUACUCUUUUAUCCUUUAGUAAUAUUGGAUGUCAAUGAACGGAUGUCAACGUCCGUGGAAGGACAAACCCACCACCACACACGACUACCUAUACCUCCACGUUACUCUUUUAUCCUUUAGUAAUAUUGGAUGUCAAUGAACGGAUGUCAACGUCCGUGGAAGGACAAACGGAUGUCAACAUCCGUUGAUCAUUUUCUCUCCCUGCAAGACGCAUCCACGUUGUCGCCAAUGCAGUUUGCCGCCGCUCAGCAGCCGCAGCACCACCAAGUUGCCCUGGGCGAGUUUGAUUCAAAGGCGAGUUCCAAUAACACGUACAAUAGCUGCAAGAGCGGGUGCACCAGCUACAUGGGGUCGCCGAGUUCACUAGCGAGUUACGAGAGUCGGCGAGUGCAAAGGAGCGUAAGCAGCCACUCGCUCCAGAAGAAUAGUGCUGGACCCCACCACCCUUUUUCUCCUCUCUUCGCUCGGUUGCUUGACUCCCAAAACGGUUCCGUACGGAGAGCUUGCAGUACCGAGAUUUCGAUGCAAUAUUAUCAUCAUUCAGAUAAUCCAUUGUCGAGUGAAAGUAGCUUGAUCAUAGAAGAAAUGAGCAGAACCAGUCCUUAUAGCCCAGAGGAGAAGAAAGUGAGGAUUGAGAGAUAUAGGAGCAAGAGAAAUCAGAGGAGCUUCGGCAAGAAAAUAAAGAUAUAGUUUAUUUUAUUUUUUUCAGAUGCAGUUUUAUAAUAAAAUUUAUAUGUUGAGCAACUUUGUUCUCACUGCAAUACUUGAAAUAGUUAAUAUUUACCA